UACAAUUCGCGAAACGGAGAGCGGAAUAACCAAGGAUUUACCAUGCUGACCUGGACCCUCUGGUGCGGAUUACUGUUCCUGCUGUGGUUCUAUUUUCUGUGGAGCAGGCGAAGAUUUUACCUGCUGACUCUCAAGAUUCCGGGUCCCCUUGGAUAUCCCAUUCUGGGCAUGGCCCACUGGCUGAUGCGCAGGGAAGAUAUCCUCAAUGCUUUCGGCUGCUUUCUGGACAAGCACGGCCCGACCAUCUUCUCGUGGCUUGGACCCAUCCCCUUCAUGAUUGUCAGCGAUCCCCAGGUGGUGCAGGACAUCUUCACAUCGCCUCACUGCGUGAACAAGGGUAUUAUUUACAAGGCCGUGGACGAUGGAGCGGGCAUUGGGCUAUUCAGCUUGAAGGAUCCCCGAUGGAGCAUCCAUCGCAAGCUGCUGAAUCCCGCCUUUGGCCACAAGGUUUUGCUUAGCUUCCUGCCCGUUUUUAACCGAGAGACUGCAGUUUUGCUGGAUAAACUCAAGCCAUUGGAGGACGAUGGAGAGAAGGAUCUUGUUCCAUUGCUGCAGAGCUUCACCCUUGGCAUAGCCACACAAACUACCAUGGGCAGCGAUGUCAAGGACGAGGAGAACUUCAGAAACAACUCUCUGCUGGGAAGAUAUCAAUGUAUUUUGGAAACCAUGACAGACAUGUGCUUCUCGCCGUGGCUCAACAGCCGAUUUUUUCGCCAGCUCGCAGGAAAAGAAUCCCACUACUACCAGGCUAAGACGGAGAUCCGCCAGUUCAUCAGGAAGAUCAUUGAAAAAAAGUUGGCAGAAGGCGAAAGUGAGACAAUACCUGCCACCCAAUCCAAAGACAAGAAUAUAUUUCUUAAUCUCGCCACGGAUUUGCUGAAACGGGGAGUGUUUACCUUGAAAAACGUUGAAGAUGAGUCGAAUAUAAUUGUUUUUGGAGCUUUUGAGACAACUGCCAAUGCCGUGUACUACACGCUGAUGUUGCUGGCCAUGUUUCCCGAGUAUCAGGAGAGGGCCUAUGAGGAGAUAAAAACCAUAUUCCCCAAGACCGGAGACUUCGAUGUGAGCUACGCUGACACUCAGCAGAUGGUGUAUCUGGAUCUGAUCCUCAACGAAUCAAUGAGAGUUAUACCCCCGGUUCCAGUUGUAUCCCGACAAACGACGCACGACCUAAAGCUGUCCAACGGGAUAGUGGUUCCCCAGGGGGUUCAGAUCGCCAUCGACAUUUACCACAUGCACAGAAGCAAAAAGAUAUGGGGCCCAGACGCAGAAACCUUUAAUCCAGACCAUUUCUUACCUCACAAUAUCCGGGAAAAACACCCCUACGCCUAUAUACCCUUCACCAAGGGAAUCAGAAAUUGCAUAGGUUGGCGAUAUGCCUUGAUAUCGGCCAAAGUAACACUAGCCAAGUUAUUGAGGAAUUAUAGGUUUUCUACGAGUUUUCCGUUUAAAGAUCUUUAUUUUGUUGAAGAUAUAACUAUGAAGCUGAAAACUGUGCCACUGCUGGAGCUCCAAAAGAGAAGUUGAAAAUAAAUUUUAUACUAUACAAUAAUAUAAUUAAGUUUAAAAGAAAUUAGAAUAAUAAAGAUUGUUGAAUGUAUACGCUCUGUAAACUCACUACAUUUUUUAGGCCUUCUUAAGCUCAAAUGGAAUAUGACAAGAAUAAUUUUAGCUUGCUCUAUAUCCUGAAUUGCUGAUAAAAUUGUGAUGACUGGCACAAUGAAGAAAAAUACAAUUUUUAGGUUUUUGUUGAUUAUUGGUUAAGAAUUAGGGUGUUUCGUAAAAUAAUUUUUAUAAUUUUUGAUUUUUUAAACUGGUUUUGAAUAGUAAUAAAUCUAGAAGAUAUAUUAUUUUAAAAAUUGAACUAUUUUCCGAUCCUUUUUUUCUUGUGUAUUUUCAAUAAUCGAUUUAAGAAAUACCAAAAAUAUACCACCGAUAGGUUGAACAAGAAGAAGAGGAGCUGAGACGAUAGAUUGGACAAAUGAAAUCGAUGUUUUAGCCGAUGUUUUUCUAGAGCAUAAAC